CGUCAAGGCUCCAGGACGCACGGUGCAAUCCCUUAGUGGAACUUUGCGCUGGAGGCUGCAGCUCCUACGAUUUCGGGCAAGACUGGCCCAGGCACUCUAGUCACUUGGAGGCGGAAGGGAAGGAAGUACCUGAGCAAGGUAUGAGCCACUCAGAGGCAGCCUGGGGCCGCCACUCACCUCGGGGAGGAGGAGCUGGAGUCCGGACCCACCCGGAAAGAGAGGAAAAGCGAGCUCUGGGCCCGCCAGGUGAGGGAAGGAACGCCCGCCCGCUCACCUCCGAAGAGGCGGGGCGCGGCUCUCGAUUACCCGCAGGGGCGGUGCUGGCCGAUCACCUGGACCGAGGCGGAACUGAAGGGUCCGGUCACUGCCCGGAGAACCUGUAACUAAGACUCACCUGUGCGGGGGCCGGAGGCGGGACCGGGGCCAGAACUCACCUGAGCCGGUGGAAACCCGCCGCGGGUUCGCCCAGCGAAGAGGGGGAGGCGCCCCCGGCCGGCCCCAUCCGAGCGCCCCUCCGUGGGUCCGCGCGGCCGCCAUGACCUGGAGCGCCACCGCCCGGGGCGCCCACCAGCCCGACAACACCGCGUUCACUCAGCAGCGCCUCCCCGCCUGGCAGCCGCUGCUGUCAGCCAGCAUCGCGCUGCCGCUCUUCUUCUGCGCCGGCCUGGCCUUCAUCGGCCUGGGCCUGGGCCUCUACUACUCCUCCAACGGCAUCAAGGAGCUCGAGUACGACUACACCGGCGACCUGGGCACCGGCAACUGCUCGGUGUGCGCCGCCAUCGGCCAGGGCCGCGCGCCGCCGCCCCGCUGCUCGUGCGCCUGGUACUUCUCGCUGCCCGAGUUCUUCCAGGGCCCCGUGUUCCUCUACUACGAGCUGACCAACUUCUACCAGAACAACCGGCGCUACGGCGUGUCCCGCGACGACGCGCAGCUGAGCGGGCUGCAGAGCGCGCUGCGCCACCCGGUCAACGAGUGCUACCCCUACCAGUACAGCGCGGCUGGCCUGCCCAUCGCGCCCUGCGGCGCCAUCGCCAACAGCCUCUUCAACGACUCCUUCUCGCUGUGGCACCAGCGCCUGCCCGGCGGGCCCUACGUCGAGGUGCCGCUCGACCGCACCGGCAUCGCCUGGUGGACCGACUACCACGUCAAGUUCCGCAACCCGCCGCUGGUGAACGGCAGCCUGGCGUUGGCCUUCCAGGGCACCGCGCCCCCGCCCAGCUGGCACCGGCCGGUCUACGAGCUCAGCCCAGACCCGAACAACACCGGCUUCAUCAACCAGGACUUCGUGGUGUGGAUGCGCACGGCGGCGCUGCCCACGUUCCGCAAGCUGUACGCGCGCAUCCGCCAGGGCAACUACUCGGCCGGGCUGCCGCGGGGCACCUACCGCGUCAACAUCACCUACAACUACCCGGUGCGCGCCUUCGGCGGCCACAAGCUCAUCACCUUCAGCAGCGUCUCGUGGAUGGGCGGCAAGAAUCCGUUCCUGGGCAUCGCCUACUUGGUGGUCGGCUCCCUCUGCAUCCUCAUGGGCUUUGUCAUGCUGGUCGUCUACAUUCGCUACCAGGACCAGAACGACGAAGACGAGGACGACGAGUAAUUCCUGCUUUCAGAGUACCCUUUCUGCUUCUUGCCAGAACGCUCUUGCAAGCUUCUUUUGGUUCCUCCCUCCCGACUGUCACCCAGUUCCAACUUCGCCUCACUUUGCCUCCAGUUGUGGAUGAGGGGACCAGAGAGAGAGAGGAAUUACACCCGAUCGGGGGCUUCCAGACUCUUCUGGGGUGUUUGAACUGCUAGAGUGAGACAUCCCUGCACAUUUUCCCCAUCUCCUUCACCAGUUGACAUGUGAGGUUCUUUGAGAGAGGAAGGGACGGCUAGACUCCUCUCAUUCAACCCCCAUCUGGUGAAGAGAUGUUAAAUAACUCAUUCCAGAUCUAGCAGCUGCUCAUUGCCUCCUGACGCUGACUCUAAAGCUUUAACCGCUACAGUACAGUGGUUUUCUUUUUUCUUUUUUGGGGGGUGGGAGUGUAGAGAGGGAAGCCCACAAAUAACCAGCAGAGGCAUGGAGGGGUGGGGGAGAACAUAUUGAUUAAAAAUGUAGGUAGAUUAGGAGGCCCCAUCCCCAGAAAUUCUGACACAGUAAGGCUGCGGUGAGACCCUGGAAGCUGCGGUUUUAACAAACCCAUCUGGAGAUUCCUCCUGUAUUCCCUCAAGUUUGGGAAUCAGUGCCCUGAACCAGGGAGCAAGUAGGAUAACUGCCUGUUUCCCUAUUUCCUCAGGUGUCUGAAGCUGGGCCUGACGCAAUCACUGCAUCCAGUUUUCCAGGGGGUCCUUUGUUCCCAGGGGCAGUGACAAGCAUAAUGUUGCAGGUUUGGUCUAGCACUCCUUCUUGAACAUAGGAAGCUCUCUACAAUGUACAGAAUAAGUGAAAACAACAAGCUGGCAUACAGAUUUGCAGAGCAGGGUUUGUAUCAAUUCAUUUGAUAUUUGAGUGUAAGAAAUUAAAAGGUUUUUUUGGGGGGGGGCGGCCAGGAACUGUGUAGAAACUUGAAAAUGCCAGGUCAGUUUGUAUAGUUCAGAGGGAAUGUUUUAACCUUAGAAUCAGAUAGCCGGAGGGGAUCUUAGAGGGAAAGUGAUUUCCCUAAAGUCAUAUCUGUGUCUCCUGACUCUGGACUCAGUCCUCUUUGUCAUCUAAAUGACUUUUUAUGCUUAGAGAGAAAGGGCUACGUUCAUACCUUUUCCCUUGGGUUUAAGAAAAAAAAAUUUUAAUCUAUGUUCUCAGAUGAACCAUGUUUGUUUUUAGUAAUAUGUUUAAAUGAAUGCUAAGGAAUAUAGUCUUAUGUAAACUAGAAUCUUAAGAAUUAUUUGAACCUUUGAGAUAAUGUUAAACUCUGACUACUCUAAAAUCAUUCUAAUAUAUAUAAAAUUAUUCUAAGAAAAUAGAAUUUUAAAAACCCCUUUUAUGGCAAAAGAACUUAAAAAAAGUGAGAUCAUCUUAACCAGUUUAUUUGCCAAAAGCAGUUAUUUGGUGUUCUGUCAGAAUUCUCAGUGCCUGUUCUCAAUGACGGCUACUUUCCAGUUACUACAAUUUUUGCUCAUGCCUAUAAGGCAGUGCAAUACCUUGAGGUAUUUUUUUUAAGUAGUCAAAGCAAUAUUGAAUUGUAUUGAAUAAUUUACAUUAAUUUUAUUUUACUCUUCUAGUCCUUUGAAAACUAAUAGCCGAUAGACAGCGUGCAUGUUCAUUGACAUGUGUCUCAGAUCUUCUGGAACAGUUGUGAUUUUAGAGAUUCUGUCUCAGUAUUUACAUAAACCAAAAAAUGUUUUAUAAUCCCAGUGUGCUGGCUUCCCAACUCCUGAAUGUAACACAAUUUUACUGUCAGAUUGUGUAUUGUGAUUUUAGGCUAUGAAUAUAUGAUCAGAUAUAUAGAGAGUAAUUUUUAUUUAUUAUGAAUGUUUGAUCGAGCAGCUCACUAGCCUAGCCCUUCUUUAUUAUGGAUAAGAGAAUUUACUACAUUUUUUUACUACUUAGUUGAGAACAACCAUGUAUAUUGCCAUCACUCUUACAGUAAUCAUUGUAUUGCUAUAACAUUUUAAAUGAGACUACAAAAUUUAAGGUAUUCUGAUUAAAUCAAUGAAUAUGGUUCCAAGCCCUAUUGAUUCUCUGGGUUUCUGAAAGAGAAUAAAGGUUAUGUUUGUGUUGCCUU